AUGGCAGCGACAACCGUAAACAAAACGGCGCAUCCAUUUGACAAGACGCGUCUCGAUGCGCUUCUCAAUAGACGCUUCUUCUAUGCACCUGCUUUCGAAAUAUACGGUGGCGUGGCCGGUCUAUACGACUACGGCCCACCAGGCUCUGCUUUACAGGCAAAUAUAAUCGCAGAAUGGCGUCGGCAUUUCAUCGUAGAGGAACACAUGCUAGAGCUUGAUACUACUAUUAUGACUCCCGCUCCCGUCUUCGAGACGUCUGGACAUGUUGCACGUUUUGCCGAUUGGAUGGUUAAAGAUACGAAAACCGGAGAUGUUCUGCGGGCAGACCAUCUUGUAAAGGCUGUUCUUGAGGCACGUUUGGUGGGUGACAAGGAGGCGCGUGGGCAAGUUGCUGGUCCAGUCAAGGAAGAUGACAAGAAGAGGAAAAAGAAGAUCAAGACGACAGCUGUAAAACUUGAGGACGCUGUGGUAAAGGAGUACGAGAGCAUUCUUGCCCAGUUGGAUAAUUAUUCUGGUCCCGAGCUCGGUCAACUAUGUCGACAACAUAACAUCACCAAUCCCGACACUGGCAAUGAAGUCGGUGAACCCCAGCAGUUCAACCUCAUGUUUGCCAGCAGUAUUGGUCCUACAGGACAACACCCUGGCUAUCUUCGGCCUGAAACCGCGCAAGGCCACUUCCUAAACUUCUCUCGCCUCCUGGAGUUCAACAAUGGCCGUGUCCCCUUCGCGUCCGCGCAUAUCGGCAAAUCUUUCCGAAACGAGAUCUCCCCGCGAGCUGGAUUGUUGCGUGUGCGCGAGUUCACAAUGGCCGAGAUCGAGCAUUACGUUGAUCCCGAGGACAAAAGGCAUGAACGCUUCUCGGAUGUGCGUGACGUCAAGCUUGCUUUAUUGGACAGGGCUGUACAAGCAAGUGGCCGAACAGACCUAACACACAUGACGGUCGAUGAAGCAGUCGCAAGCGGCGUAAUUGCGAACGAGACUCUCGGCUAUUUCCUUGCGCGAGUGCAGCUCUUCCUACUCAAGAUCGGCAUAGACCCAGCGCGCCUGCGCUUCCGGCAGCAUAUGGCGAAUGAGAUGGCGCAUUAUGCGACAGACUGUUGGGAUGCGGAGAUCCAUAACGCUACGGGCUGGACAGAAUGUGUGGGUUGUGCGGAUCGUGCGGCGUAUGAUCUUUCUGUUCACUCGGCGAAGACUGGCCAUCCGCUUGUCGUACGCCAGGCUUUGAAAGUACCUAUCGUGACCGAGAAACUCGUACCGGAGUUCAAUAAGAAGAACUUCGGGAAGACAUUCGGUCGCGACUCCGCUGCCAUCCAGAAGGCUAUCAGUGACCUGACCGAAGAAGGUUUGGCGAAAAUACAGGGAGAACUCGCGCAAGGUUCGACCGUCAUAUCGGCGGACGGCAAGGAGUUCACUCUCAUACCGGAUCAUCUGGUAAUCGAGCGCAAGACAAUUAAGCAAUCAAUUCGAGAGUUCACCCCGAACGUCAUUGAACCAUCUUUCGGUCUGGGCCGUAUACUGUACAUCCUCCUCGAGCACAGCUUCUGGAGCCGUGAACAAGAUGUUGAACGCGGAGUCCUGUCGCUUCCUCCUAUCAUUGCCCCAACGAAGGUGCUCAUCGUCCCGCUGAGUGCCAGAGAAGAGUUUGACCCGCUCGUUCGGGAAGUCUCUCUGAAACUUCGCAAGGCCGGUGUCUACUCACGCGUUGAUGAUUCCAACACUUCCAUCGGAAAGCGCUACGCUCGUAAUGACGAGUUGGGCACUCCGUUUGGCCUGACUCUAGACUUCGCAUCCGUGCAGAAACGGACCAUGACAUUGCGUGAACGUGACACAACAGGACAAUUAAUCGGUGACAUCGACCAAGUCAUCUCAGUUGUUACUGAUUUGGUACAGGGGAACAUAACGUGGGCCGACGCAUGCCAGAUUCUACCCGCAUACGGCGGCGUUCAGGCUGUAGAAUGA